UCGAGUGAAGGUUGGCUUCACUGUCUUUUCCGAAGAGGCGGCUAUAUGUACCCUUGUAAGACAGGCAGCUGUCUACUACUAAAAACACACGAGAUUCUGGUUUAUCGCAGACAUGAAGAGGACGACCAGAACCUUAAUGGGAACUUCAUACAGCGUCAACUCAGCUUCGCCGAUACGGAGAUCUGGUGAAACUACGAAGCUGAAGUUGGUUUCUGAUUCGGGAAAUGGCUAAAGGGCGACUCCAACAAAUUUUUCAGCUUCGUCUUAGAAGGGAUAACAAGAGAUGGAAAGCUCAAAUUUGACCUUGUUUUGCUUUUGUAUUUUGCACAUAAGUUUUGCUUUUGGAUUUUGCACAUAAGGGCUCCCACGAAACUAGGUGGGGCUCUCUAGUUCCGUGCUACUUCAUGAAACGCAUAACGAAACUGAUCAAAUCCCAGAAUACAGCUGAGGAGUUGUCUGGACGAGGAAUCCGCUGCUCAUUCAUUAGAGAGACAUGAAGAGACAUUUAUCUCAGACAUGAAGAGGACGUAUUUAACCAUGAUGGGARCUGCAUGCAGCGGCUCUUCGCCUUGGUCGGAUCAGAGUUCYGGCGAACCUGUCUUUCCUCUUCCGUUGGACAUAUUGGAGGAAAUCUUCCUAAAUCUGCCCCCUCAAUACGUGGUGUGUGUGUGUCGAUUAGUGUGCCGCCAGUGGAAAGAUGUGGCCGACAGCGAGUCUUUCUGGAGAGAAAGAUGUAGGAGAGAGGGAUAUCAUCUCCGUGACUUUUCCAAAGUUCCCAGCAACAACUGGAGGUUGUUUUACUUCUUGUGCAAGAAGAGGAGAAAUCUCAUAAAGAAUCCAAGAGCAGAAGAUGAAUUUCGAGGUUGGAAAAUACUGAAGAACGGUGGACAUAAGUGGAAAAUAGAGGGAACUAGGGUGCAACAUUCAAAUCCAGCAGUCCAGAAAAACUAUGUGACCUCGUUUGAGUGGUGCACAAAAGUGCAGGUGAUUGAUCUGAUGAAAGAAGGUUACAACCCAUCAUUUAUGGACGAGUUCCAGCCGCCUAUCCGGAUAUCUGACUGGUAUGGGGCGCGUUGGGAUUGUGGAAGCAUCUACAUUAUUUCUGUGCAGCUACUAGAUCACAAGAAAAAUGUUCUGCAGAACUUCAGACCUGAGCCUGUUACUAUUCCACAGUGGAAUGAUCAGCAGUGGCAUCAAAUGGAGUAUGUCUUCAAGGACUACGGACCAGGAGUGAGAUAUGUCCGUUUUAGUCAUGGUGGCAAAGACACAAAGUGGUGGGCAGGAUGGUAUGGCAUUCGUGUAACAGAAAGCUGCGUUGAAGUUUGUCCAGCAUUGGACAUCUAGCUUAUUUAUGCAACUGUGUUAGGAAGGCAACUCUGAACAUCUUUGAUUGAAGAAAAAGCUUAACCUUUUGGCCUUCAUAGCAAUUUUCCCUCAGAAACAUCCUGCAAUGUACUGACAAAAAAACAUGCAAGUCAGGAAGGUUUUUAUUCUUAUAUUAUCUCCAGAUGGCAAAUUAUUCUGUUAAAUGACUCCUACACACAUGCCUCAAAAUACGUCUAAAUCGUAAAAAGAGAUUUUGUUAUUCGCAAAUGUUUUGUAACUUAUAUCAAAAAUCAACCAAGGAUUGUUUUUACUUGUAGAUUUCUACAUCUGUUACACUGACUAGACCUAGACACACUCACACACUGUACUGCUGGGUUAACUUACUUAAUCAAAAGUCCAUUCGUCAAUUAAACAGUCCUGCCUCACUGUUUCUCAGUUUUUGCUUGUUUUUUUGGCCUAGUUGUCGAUUCUUUGGAUUCUGUUUGACUUGGCAUGACUAGUCCGAGUGUUUUUGUUUUGUUUUUUCUUUUGUUCAGUCCUGCGAAUUGAACAGCAGGACUGUUCAAUUCGUCAAUUAAACGGUCCUGCCUCACUUAAUAACAUAACCAAUGAAAUUGAAAUUGUUGGAAUUGCUUCAAGACUGUGUAAAUGCAUGUAUGUUACCUGUUCUGGAAGACAGCGUGUUUGUAAACACAGAUCUCUACAGUGUUAAAUAGUUAUUGUUUUUUUAAACCUUUUUUAUGUGAAGGACUAUUCUUGUGGUAACACCCCACGAGAAAUAUGAUCAAGCAAAUUCGGUGGGAAAAAAACCUUCCGAUUCAAUAAAAGUUUUUGGCGUACAGA